CAGGCCUCUGAGAGCCCACAUAUGCUCAGGCCUGACUUCUCUGCCUGCUCCGUUCCUGUGAGCCCGAAGGCCCUCCUGGAGACCUGCCUGUCAUCCGUGUGGCGGCAUUUAGUGCUGUGCAGAUUUGGCCUGGUUCCCUGACGAGGCCGCUGGAAUCAAUUGUUUGGAAGGCUAGAUCUGCUUGGAGCUCUCGUCCAGGCUGUGGAUCCCCCUGGAGUAUCCCCACAAACCUAGGCUGCCUGGGCUCUUCGCAGCUCCCUCAGCUGAACCUGCCUCUCCUCUGCUGCAUUGGUGUCCUGUGCCCAGCUUUCAACUAGAAUGAACCGAAGCAUUCCCGUGGAGGUUGACGAGUCAGAACUGUACCCGAGCCAGCUGCUGAACCCCAUCCCAGAACAUUCCCUGGAAGAGGAACGGGACCCACCUGCUCCAAACGCAGGGAGUGUGGCACCCAACGGCCUGCAGGCGCCCCAAGCCCCUGCCAGUGCCCCGGGAGAUCUUCCUUGGCCUCACGCUCCCCUAAGACUUGCAGGUCACCAGCUGCCCGUGUCCCAGCGGGUCACCUGCCUGCGCACCAGAGUCCUGGAGGAGGCUGAAGACAGUUUCUUGCGAAGACAUCCGGAUCCCGAUCUGGCCCAGGGUGUCCCCUGGGGCUUCUCCGAGGAGGGCCAGCUGGGGCCUGGGGUCCGAGCUCCCGAGUCAUGGGUGGAAAAACGGAAUCGAAGGCUGGGAUCUGGGCUUUCAGCCGCGUCUCCAGACACGGGCCAUGACUCUGUUAAAUCAGACCAAAGUCACUCCUCUGAUGGUGGCCAACACUACAGGCCCCAGCUACAAAGGAAUCGUGCGGCCCCAGACCUGCCCACUACGGACACGGGGUACGACUCCUCCCAGCCUCAGGACAUCCUGGGUGUCCGGCAGCUGGAAAGGCCGCUGCCCCUCACGUCCACUGGGUACCAGGACCUCCCCGGGCCUCUGAGGUCCCGGGAGUUCCCACAGCUCGAACCUCAGAGAUACCCGCUGUGGGCCCAGAUGCUGCCUCCCCAUCCCUCCCCGCAGGAGCUGCAGAACUAUGGGUACCGCUGUCCCGGAGGGCCCCAUCACCAGGAGCCAAAUGGCCACGGCUGUCCUCCAGCAGCCUACCAACAGGUGAUCCAGCCAGCCCUGCGUGGGCAGCCCCUUCCUGGAGCAACUGUGAGAGGUCUAUACCCUAUGCAGGUCAUCCCCAAUUAUCCCAGCCCCCAGGACCAAGAAGAAAGGCCUGCACAGAGAGAAUGUUCUUUCCCCAGGAUCCCAAAGUAUCAGGGCCAGCUGUAUCACCCACCACCUAAUGGAGCUGGAGGUCCGGAAGAGUCCUUGGAACAUCCCGCAGAGUUGAGACCACAGGCUCCCCAGGCUCCAUCCCCAGCUGCUGUGCCUAGACCCCCUAGCAACCCUCUAGCCAGAGGGACUCUGAAAACAAGCAACUUGCCAGAGGAAUUACGAAAAGUUUUUAUCACUUAUUCUAUGGACACAGCCAUGGAGGUGGUGAAAUUUGUGAACUUUUUGUUGGUAAAUGGCUUCCAGACUGCAAUUGACAUAUUUGAGGAUCGAAUCCGAGGCAUUGAUAUCAUCAAAUGGAUGGAGCGCUACCUUCGAGAUAAGACAGUGAUGAUAAUCAUAGCAAUCAGCCCCAAAUACAAACAGGAUGUUGAAGGCGCCGAGUCGCAGCUGGACGAGGAUGAACAUGGCUUACAUACUAAGUACAUCCAUCGAAUGAUGCAGAUCGAGUUCAUACAACAAGGAAGCAUGAACUUCAGGUUCAUCCCUGUGCUCUUCCCAAAUGCCAAGAAGGAGCACGUGCCCACCUGGCUGCAGAACACUCACGUCUACAGCUGGCCCAAGAAUAAAAAGAACAUCCUGCUGAGGCUGCUCAGAGAGGAAGAGUAUGUGGCUCCUCCCCGGGGGCCCCUGCCCACCCUGCAGGUGGUGCCCUUGUGACAGCAGCCACCUCGGAUCAGGGGACCCUGCUUUGAGAGCGUUCUUCUAGCUGAGUCUGAUUGGUGACACUUGUGGUUGUCUCUUGGGACCUUCUGAAGGCCCGCAGGCCCUGAAAUCUCUUCUGCAGAGUUGUCUGCCUCCUAGACUCCAACUGCUCAGAUUUCCCUGCCCUUGAAAGACAUACAGUGUGCCAACGUAUGGCACAUCUUCCUGACAGUGUGACGUGUCCACUCUGGCCUCCGGUGCUUAACGAAUAGAUCGCACAGAUGUUGUGGCAGCAAAAAUGUCUCACCACUGUGCUCUCCUGUCGCUUCAGCUACUUUUAUGAACUGACCCGAUGCUUGUGUCCCAGACCCGGCUGCUUCAUAUGCAGAUAAUAAAGUGUUUACUGUUUUGUAA